CGCGCGCGGCUGGAGCACGAGCGCAGCGGGAAGACCUACAGAUCGGUUUGGCUCGCGCUGUUUGAGAGGAGUCUCUUCCCCGAAAAUGCGGAUCACAUCAGAGAGAAAAACUCUCCGUUUAUUUCUGAAUACCAUUUUCUCAGGAAGCUGGACUUUAUAUAACGGACUGAAGCAAAGUGGACACUGAUUCUUUUCUUGCAGAACGAAGACGUUGAUGUUGUUUUGGGGUUGUUGAGUUUCCAAGUCUUUCAGGUGCGAUGAAGCUGUGCAUGACCUGACAAAUACCUCAAAUGCUGUGUUUUUCCAUGAGAUUCAUCUGUUCGCUGUUAUUGUGGAGAUGUUAUCUCUGCAUCAUAACUUCUCGGGGCCCAGUACCAUAUCACCCCUCUCCAAUCAGACCCAGACUCCUAGCACAACAGCUCCAUCACCCAACCCUGCUGUCGCUGGCCUUUCCAUGACCCUGGGUGUCCUGUCCAACAUCGUAGCACUUUUCAUAUUGGCCAAGGCAUAUGCCCGACUGCGCAGACGCUCAAAGGCCACUUUCCUUCUCUUCGCCAGCUCACUGGUGGCCACAGACUUGGCUGGUCAUAUCAUCAGUGGUGCUGUGGUGCUACACUUGUACUCAAACAAUGUGCAGGUGAAUUCUUCCACCCAUGCUGAUCCCACCUGCCAGUUCUUGGGUGGCAGCAUGGUCUUCUUUGGCCUGUGCCCACUUUUUUUGGGCAGCGCCAUGGCAGCUGAGCGCUGCCUGGGUGUCACGCAGCCACUUCUCCAUGCUCGUCUUGUCUCAACGACUCGCACCAAAAUGGCCUUGGUGAUAAUCUGGAUGGUAGCACUUGCUGUGGCUUUGCUGCCUGCUGUUGGAAUGGGAAAAUACACCUAUCAGUACCCAGGGACCUGGUGUUUUAUGAGUGUAUUAGGGAAAAUUGUACACACUGAUGUAGCUUUCGUGGUGUUAUUCUUAGCACUUGGAUUGGGCUCACUGACCAUGUCCUUCUUGUGCAACACGAUUAGUGGCAUUACCCUGGUGCAUGCACGCCUACGCAGAAAAAAAUGCCGCCAUAGGACAGCAAAAUCGCUUGACAUAGAAAUGGUGACGCAGCUCCUAGGAAUCAUGAUUACUUCCUGUAUUUGCUGGAGCCCCCUGCUGAUCUUCGUCUUGAUGGCAGUCACAAAUAAUAAACACUGCCUGGAGGAAGGCUGUAAAAUGUACUAUAAGAACCUGAUGGUGAUGGGGGUACGUCUGGCUUCAUAUAAUCAGAUCCUGGACCCAUGGGUUUACAUCUUGCUGCGACGAGCAGUCCUCAGAAAGAUCUAUCAGCUCACCACUGGCCGCACUGAUAUGAGAGGGAGCACUUUCCGCCGCUGGGAGAUCAGCUCCUUCCAGAGCUCUGAGAAAAACACCAUCAAACGAAUCUAACAGAGAGGCUGGGGGGAAAAGAGGUGUAGACAGCAUCUGGAUAAUUUUCCUGUGCUCUGUAGUGUUUUGCAGUAUAUGUCCAUCCAUCCAUCAUCUGUAGCCGCUUAUCCUGUCCUACAGGGUCGCAGGCAAGCUGGAGCCUAUCCCAGCUAACUAUGGGCGAGAGGCAGGGUACACCCUGGACAAGUCGCCAGGUCAUUGCAGGGCUGACACACAGAUACAGACAACCAUUCACACCUAUGGUCAAUUUAGAGCCACCAAUUAGUCUAACCUGCAUGUCUUUGGAUUGUGGGGGGAAACCGGAGCACCUGGAGGAAACUCACGCGAACACGGGGAGAGCAUGCAAACUCCACACAGAAAGGCCCUCGUCGGCUGCUGGGCUCAAACCCAGGACCUUCUUGCUGUGAGGCGACAGUGCUAACCACUACACCACCCCUAUUUUGCAGUGUAUGUACUAUGUGUUAUUAAUCAAGGAAGAUGAAGAGUAUAGAGAAGCUGAGGGCAGUGGUCGCCGAGUAGUUUUUUUUCUAAGGACUGGGUGAUUUUCAGAGUUCACAUCACAGAACUGCCAAUAAUUUAAUUUUAAUUUCAUUUUGGGUUAAAUCUAAAUGGUAAUCCAAGUUGUGCCAGCAGUUUGGUCUCAUACUGGUUCCUCACCCUAAUGACUUUUCAAUCCCUUUAUGAACAAGGCCAAUAUUGGUCUCAACAAAUGUGAAUAAUUUUGAUUUUAUAGACCUGGAUUCGUACGAUUCCCUACAUUAUUGGCUAGUGUGGGGGGAAAAGAACAUGUCGAGGGACACUGAAUAGCUACUAACAGCAUAAUGGUGGAGGUUUGCAGAAUACCUGCCUUAAAGAUACUUAAUGUAAAGUUAAUAUCAUACAGUCUUAAUAAAAUUCAUGACUGAAUGAUUGACACUUGACUGGAACUGGGGCAUCUAAAGGAUAAACCAGUCCAAACUCUUUCUUAAUCCACAGAUAUUUGCAUUUUUACCACAUACUUCCAUUCACGUGGAGAUCAGAAAGCGGAACAGAACGUUCAUGCUACAUUGGAAGUUGCUUGUGUCUUAUGAAGAUCUAAAUAUUGUAAAUAUUCCAUUUGUGACUCAAAGUAAUGGCAGAGCUUUUACUUGAAUUGUAUUCAUAGUGAGAGGUUCUUAUAUCUGUAUUUAUUGCCUGUUUUGUUUCCCUAAUUAUGUGACCUGAAAUGUAACCUAAAUUGUAUAAAAUCUAUUGAAUGUAA